GCCGCCUCUCCCAGGAGAGAGAAAGAGGAGUUAUACGGAGAUGGCGGCAGGCAGCGCGUGUGUGCGUGCGGUCGCGUAAUGGCUGUCGCAUUCGCUCCUCCUCCGCGGCAGCGGCUCCAAAAACCCGAGGAGCCCCAAAUCCUAACCACCGCCGCCUAAUCCCAUUCACCCGUGCCCGUGUACCCGCGUUGCGUUGCGUUGUGUCCACCGCACGCCAACGCCAGAUCGGCGGCGGCGAGGCGCGGGGCUGGGCUGGGCUUACUUGGAUCCAAUGUUGGUGGUGGUGCUGAUAGUGCUGGGGUAGCUGCGGUUGGACUGGUUGGUGGGUGGGUGGGGUUGCUGCUGGUUGACGCGGACGAUCUGCGGCGGCGAGGAUGGCGGCGGCGGCGGUGGCCGAGCGGCAGCAGCAGCAGCGGGGCGGGGCUGCGGCGGCGGCGGCGGCGAGCGGCGGCGCGGUAUUUAAGAGUGGCCCUCUCUUCAUAUCAUCAAAAGGAAUUGGGUGGAAAUCUUGGAAGAAGCGUUGGUUCAUCCUCACCAGAACAUCACUGGUUUUCUUCAAGAGUGAUCCUAAUACCUUGCCCCAGAGAGGCGGUGAAGUGAACCUUACUUUGGGGGGAAUUGACUUGAAUAGUUCUGGGAGUGUAGUUGUCAGGGAGGACAAAAAGUUGUUGACUGUCCUAUUUCCAGAUGGCCGUGAUGGCCGUGCCUUCACCUUGAAGGCAGAAACAUCUGAAGAUUUGUUUGAGUGGAAAAUAGCACUGGAAGAAGCUCUUGCACUGGCCCCAAAUGCAGCUCUUGUGAUGGGACAUAAUGGGAUAUUUCGUAAUGACACAACAGAUGCAUAUGAAGGAGCAGCUCCAAAUUUGAGAGAGAAGAGGCCUACCAAAUCCUUGGUUGUCGGAAGGCCAAUUCUUCUUGCAUUAGAAGAUAUUGAUGGCAGUCCUUCUUUUCUUGAAAAAGCUUUGUGUUUUCUUGAGAAACAUGGGAUAAAGGUGGAGGGAAUUUUGCGGCAGGCUGCAGAUGUCGAAGAGGUUGACAGAAGAAUGAAUGAAUACGAGCAAGGAAGGACUGAAUUUGCACCAGACGAGGAUGCCCAUGUUGUUGGUGACUGUGUGAAGCAUGUUCUGCGUGAGCUACCAUCUUCUCCAGUGCCUGCUUCCUGCUGCACAGCAUUAUUGGAAGCUUUCCGUCUUGAAAGUAAGGAAUCACGGAUAAAUUCUAUGCGUGCUGCCAUAUCUGAGACAUUUCCCGAGCCAAAUAGGCGGCUGCUGCAGAGAAUUUUGAGAAUGAUGCACACUGUUGCUUCUCAUACUACCAACAACCGUAUGACUCCAUCAGCAGUUGCUGCCUGUAUGGCUCCCCUUUUGCUGCGUCCACUUCUGGCUGGUGAAUGUGAGAUGGAAGAUGACAUAGACAUGAAUGGUGACAAUUCUGCUCAGCUUAUUGCUGCUGCAAUUGCUGCUAACAGUGCUCAAGGCAUUGUCACAACUCUUUUAGAGGAUUAUGAGGGCAUAUUUGAUGAUGAACACCCUAGGUGUUCCCUGUCACCUGAUUCUCGAAUUCAAGAUAGUGGAAGUGAAGAAUCUACAGAUGACGAAACUGUGGAUGCCAAAGAAAAUGGGUUUCAUGAUGCAGAGAAUGAUGUAGAUCAGGAAUUAGAUGAGCGUAUACUGAGCGGAAAGUUGAGUGAAAGCAGUGCGUGUAUUGGUGGUGACCUCUAUGACUACCAGGUAGAUCAUGGUGAUUCAGACACUGAACCUUAUGUCGAAGAUAAGGAAGCAAAUUUGGAUUUGAAGGAUGCCCCAAAUAGCCAUUUAGCUCAAAAUGGCAAGAUAAAUGUCCAGAGACCACUGAAUGAAAAGGAUCCGACAAAUCUGGUGUCCAGUCACGAGUCUCCAUUGUCAGUGGGAGAGAUUCUUUCUUCUUUGGAUGCAGGAGUUCGUUUACCUGGUCCUGGAGCUGAAUAUUCUGUAGACAGCCACUCCAUCAAGUCGAAUGAAACUCAGCUACAUGUGAAGCGUUCUAACAUUUGGGGACGGAAUAAUGCAAGAAAGAGCCAACAGACAGAAUUUGUUGAUUCAUCAGGUGAAGAAGAGCUUGCUAUCCAAAGACUUGAGAUUGCGAAGAAUGAUCUGCAGAUCAGAAUUGCAAAAGAGACUAGAGGUAAUGCAAUCUUACAGGCGAGUUUGGAAAGAAGAAAACAAGCACUGCACGAGCGCCGUUUGGUCCUGGAACAGGAUGUAUCAAGAUUGCAAGAGCAGCUGCAGGCUGAAAGGGAUCUUAGAGCUGCAUUGGAGGUUGGAUUAAGCAUGUCUUCUGCACAGUUUUCUAGUUCACGUGCUAUGGAUUCAAAGACCAAGGCAGAGCUUGAGGAGAUUGCUCUCGCAGAAGCUGAUGUUGCAAGGUUAAAGCAGAAGGUUGCAGAGCUGCAUGUCCAACUUAGUCAACAGCGGCAACACCAGUAUGGCUCUUCUGGAGACGAGAAUGAUCGUUAUCAACAUCGCCCAAGUCAUCUCCCACAGAACUUUGUUCAACCAGGGUUUGAUAUGAAACUUGCUUCCUGUAAUCAAGAGAAGAAGCAGAGGCACGAGGAGAGCUUGUCGGGCGCGUCACACUGGAGAAGUAUCAAGCAGCAUGUGCUAACUCAUGGCUCUUCGAAGCCCUUCUCUCGCAAGCACUCCUUAGAUGCCUCCUCGAGCGAUUCAAGGGAGGCGUCAACAAGCAUGGCAGCGGAGAGUGGUUUGAUGUCUUCAAACAUCCCAAGAGCAACGGAGGCUGUCGAGUACGGGAGGCAACUGCCUGUGCCAUCAUCCACUCUUGUUGAGCUAACGACGAGACUAGAUUUCUUCAAAGAACGGAGGUCCCAGUUAAUGGAACAGCUCCAUAGUCUUGACUUAGGACAUGGAUCGGCGCCACACGGUUUUCCUUACAAGCCUUCACCCCCUUGGAACAGUCAGAGAUAGGAAGUUUUCAUUUCUCAUAGUUUGACGUUUGUAUAUUCUCGGCAAAGGAUAUUGCCACUUCUUUCUUGUAGAAGCUACUAGCCAGAAUGUAUAUUCCAUCUCUUGGUUUUUGUUGUUGCAUGCAGCAGCCUCAUCCGAGUGUGAUUUUGUAAUGCUUUUGUAAUAUAUUGUAUGUAACGAGUUAAGGGUUACAAGGCAAUAAAAGCGCCGGUCUAGAGCAUAUGGAAGUUAAUUGAAUCUGUUGUAGUGGACUCUAGCAAUAUAAAAUGGUUGUUUGUCUA